CCUAAACCAAAAAAAAAGAAAAAAGAAAAAAAAAAACAGAGGCACAAGUAGAAUCAAUCAACAGACAAAACCGAUCAUCCACAAAAACAAGAGAAGUUGUAGAAAGAAGAGUGAAGAAGUUUUGAGAGCUUAUUUGUUGAAAUUCAAUGCUGCAACUAUUCUUCGCUGUGGCCUUCUCGGCUGUACCUUUGACUCUGUACGUACCGCCGAUCCGAAGCCUAAAUCUGUUCGUGGAGACCAUAGAAGAGCUUCUUCGGCAGACCACAACCUAUACAGUCAGAGCCUAUCCUCGUGUACGCCUUGCUUUUUCUCGUAUCCUCAACUCUAUUAUCCGCUUAACCAGGUAGACUCUUUUUCAUUCAACCCCACAAUCAAUAAUUGUAUAAAUUUAAGACCCAACUCAAUUAUUGUCUGCUUAUUUUUGAUGGGUUUGUUGUAAUUUGUGGGAUUAAUUUAAUUUAAAUUUUUAUUUUUUUGAGGGGGGAUUUAAUCUUCGAGAUGAUUCAUGAUUUACUUUGUUGUACAUGGAUGUGGUGGUGUUGUUGCAACUUGCAAAUGACCCAUAAUAAUAUCAAUUGGGUUUUUUAUUAGA